UGGGUCUGACGCACCAGUUACGUCUGGCCGUAAAAAAUAGAAACUUCCAAGAUGGCCGAGUCCGUGGACUCCAUGCAUUUCGCAGCGAACAGCCAAACAAAUUCCCCCAAAGAGAUGUUAGCUAAACGGCCACCGGAGAGCCGACCGCAGUCUUCCAGCGACAUUUACUCACCGCCCCCAAAGAAGGUCCGUGUGGAGGAGAAGCGGCCCAAGCACCGGAAACUGAACGGAGAGGUGUGCGCAGGGGAAAAACACAACGGGAAGCCGAGUUGUGGCAGCCCAGCGAAAUCGAGUUUUGGCCCGGGCAGGGCGAGCCAUUCCGCCUCCUCCUCUUCUGUCGUCCCAGGGACUCCUGCUCGGAAAAUCUUCAAAAUAAGCAACUUCCUCGCCUCGCCGCACAAAGAGAAGCGACCGAAGGAGAAGCGACACAGGGAGAAAACUAGCGAAGCGCAGCGCAGUUCGGUGGCCACGGCUGUGGAGAAAGUGAGCCCCGUUAGCUGCCAUACAAAGACCGAGAACGGCGACUUGAAAACGGCACAGAGAGAUCACAGCAACAACGACAAGAAGGAGAGGAGCAAAGAGUGGAAAAACCACAAGUUGCCACCAGAACAUGACAUUUCCAAGGAGAAUGGAGAAGUGUUCCCACCACUGAAAGAGUGUAAGGAGAAGCCCAAAGCCACCACCCAAGAAGACCUUCUACUCAAGAAGCUCAAAAAGAAGAAGAAAAAGAAGCACAAAGAUGGCGAACGAGCUAAAGAGAGACACGUCCGCGCCAAAAUGUACCACCGCUCAUCCCAGACUGUUUAUUCGGGAGUGUCUCUGGGUCUGUCGGAGUUCCUCAGUAGAAUUAACGGGAACAGCGGCAGCGGAAUCGGCAGCAUGGGUCUGCAUAACACCACACACUACCAGGACCCUGCUUCUAUCGUUAGAGACCGACUGGGCUACAGUUCCCCGCUGCACUGCACCCCGGCGCCUGGUCUUCCUGGUCUGGAGUUUGGCCACCUGAUCCACAUCGAGAUGCAGGCCAACGGAGGUGCAUCAGUGGCACACGCCUACAAUGAACAGCUCUCGGGCCUGUCUGCAGCGGAGAUGCACCGUUUUGCCCAGGAGUUUGUCACACUAUCGUUCAGCGAGGACGAGGCCCAGGCAGCGUCCUUUGUCAUGGGCAUAAUCCAUGGAGCGGCGUCCUACCUCCCAGACUUCCUAGACUACUUCUCCUACAAGUUCCCCAACGCUCCGGUGAAGAUGGAGGUGCUUGGGAAGAAGGACAUAGAGACGACAACCAUGGCUAACUUCCACUCUCAGGUGAAGCGGACAUACUCCCAGGGAACGUACCGGGCUGGCGCCAUGCGGCAAGUCAGUCUAGUUGGAGCAGUGGAUGAAGAGGUUGGCGACUACUUCCCUGAGUUCAUCAACAUGUUGGAGGAAUCUCCAUUUCUGGAGCGGACUUUACCAUGGGGAACCUUCUCCAGUCUGAGACUUCAGAGCCCCACAGAUAGCGACGACGGCCCCAUCAUGUGGGUUCGACCUGGUGAGCAGAUGAUCCCCAUGGCCGACAUGCCUAAAUCCCCCUUCAAGAGGAAAAGGUCCACAAACGAGAUCAAGAACCUGCAGUACCUGCCCAGAGCCAGCGAGCCGAGGGAGAUGCUGUUCGAGGACCGAACGAGAGCUCACGCCGAUCACAUUGGUCAGGGCUUUGAGAGACAGACAACCGCGGCAGUUGGUGUGCUGAAGGCCGUACGCUGUGGAGAAGACAGCGACACACCUGCACGCAUCACCAAAGACGUUGUGUGCUUUCACGCCGGAGAUUUCCCAGAAGUGGUCAUGAGGCUGCAGCUGGACCUCCACGAACCUCCGCUGUCUCAGUGCGUCCAGUGGAUCGAUGACGCCAAACUGAACCAGCUGAGGAGGGAAGGCAUCCGAUACGCUCGCAUCCAGCUCUACCACGAUGACAUCUACUUCAUCCCCAGGGGAGUGGUGCACCAGUUCAAGACGGUGUCGGCCGUCUGCAGUCUGGCCUGGCAUAUACGACUCAAACAGUACCACCAACAUGACCAGCAGGAUGAAGAAAAGGAGAAGCGUGCGCCAAGUGAUGUCGCGCUCCAUAUCAAAGAGGAGCAGGAGGAGAAGGACGAGAGAGAAUGUGACCACACCUUGCAGACGGUGAUGAAGCAGCUGGAGGAAGAGGCUGAGAGGAGAGAAGAGCUUCCCUCACAAUCUCCAUCACUGCCCUGUAAAGAAGAAGAGUCAGCAGCAGAGAUGAAGGCCAUCAAGAAGGAGAAGGAUGAAGACACCGAAACACUAAUGGUGGUGCCCAAGCCUCGGGAGGAGGAAGAGGAAAGGAAUGAGGAAAGUGAAGGCCAACAGAAAGGCAGUGAGAACUCUGCAGGGGAAAGUGCUUUCUUAAAAUUGCCACCUCUGUCAAUCAAAAAGGAGAACUACAACAAUGAGGAAGAGAGGCAGCAGAAGAUGACACAGAAAAGUCCCAAAGACGGUGACGUCAGUGGCAACAUCAAGAAGGACAAAGGAAGGUGGGAGAAGGAGGAGAGGAAAGACAGGAGUAAAGACAAGGAGCGGGACAAGAAGCACAAAGGGAAGGAGCGGGACAGGGAUAAGGAGAAAGGAAAGAUAGAUGGUGGCAUGGCGGCGAGGAAAGAUGAUGGCGGAAAAAUCCUAAGGGAUGAAAAGUCCCACUCCAAGAGGGAAAAGGAGCACGGGGCCGGGGUGGCGGUGGUAGGGGGGGCAGGAGCAGCAACAUCCAACUCCAGGCCGGACCGCAAUGAGAUGCGUGACAAACACAAGUCAUCGCUUGGCAAGAAAGAGAAAAGCGGCCACAGGGUGGACGGCGGUGGCGCGAUGGGGGCGCCACUGAAGUGCAUCAGCAGGGAGGACGCCAAGUCAGGACCGCCUAAGCCCGCUGCCAACGCUCAGGUCAAGAAAGACGGGAAAAAAGACAGCAAGGACGAGCAGAGGAAGCGGCCCAACCCUGCCCCUGCCGAGCACAAGCCGGCCCCACGGACACUUAUCACCUUUGACCUAUUUAAGCCCAUGGAGGCCCACCAGACUGUGGCACUCUCCUUCAAGACGCAUCACCACCACCAUCACCAUCAUCACCACCACCACGGGGGUGCGGCCUCGGUGAAGGCCGCCGACAGCCGGACACUGAUUCCCUUUAAAGGAGCCAAAGUAAAGGCUGCCCCGCCCCUUCAAGAUCCCCAAACACAACAGCACUCACUCAAGACAUCCUUAAAGACACACAAAGACUUCCUAAUAUGAAUGUCGUCUUUUUUUUUUUGCCCAAGCUUUGCUAUGCUAACGACGAGCAUUCCUUUUUUUCUUUUUUCCAAACAGGAAAACUCUCCCGAGUAUUCCAACGUAGGCCGAGAAUGUAGGCUAAGUAGCUCCAUCUCACGUUUGUUUAGCGAAUGUACGCAGGCGCCAUAUCAAGAUGUCAUGUGACCCGCGUGUCAGUGCCUGGGCACUACUUAGCUUCACUCCGAAAGCGCCUACUGACGGUACGAGCCACUCUGGAAACACACACACUUCUUCCUUGUACACAAUACAACACAUCACCAUUCUUCUACUAAAAUCAUUUUUGAUGUUGCAAACACUCCAAAAACACAUUGUUUUCAGACAAAGCUGUAAAUGAUACUGUAUGUACCAAAACUGUACAGCAUAAAGAGAUGUUAUUAGCACCAAUGUGAGGAAAUGUAUACAGAAAUUGCAUAUAUUUUUUUGUAAGACAAGUUUUAUUUUCCAUAGAACUUAUUUAUAUCAUUUACUGUCUUGUUUUUAUUUGAGGCUGACGACAUAUGUGGAUACAUUUUGUUGUAAAUACAUUUUAUUUCCUAAGCUAAGACUUGGUAGUGUGAUUUAUACUCUUGAUCGGAACCUCAAUAAAUGGUU